AGCGAUUUCCCGCAGCGGUAAAAGUCCAACUGUGUUCCAGUGAGACAGGUGUGGGUCAUGUCUUGCUGCUGUGGAGAGCCAGAGAAGGACCCUGAGGAAGAGAACGUGACGCGAGCUGACGAGCCGAAGCAGUUUGGUCCUGCUCCAAAUCGGAGCUGCACCGAUUGCUGGUGCUUGAUUGUCCUGCUGGCCUCAUGGGUGGCAUGGUGCGUGGUCACGGUCAUGGGCCUUACGGAUGGAAACUUGCAAAGGCUCUAUCAGCCCCGUGACUACAUGGGUGCCUACUGCAAUCUCAACGACAAUUGGAAUGGAGGCCUCAACUUGGAAGGUUACGUGAAGCAAAGCUACACCAUGAACGUGAGCGCCGUGACUGACGUCAUUGUCAAGCAGAUGAUGUGCUCUACCGCCGCAAGCGAAGUGCUCACUCAGACGAUAGGUGGUAACCCUCCUCUUUUGCCGACCAUUUCAGAGCAGCAGGAUUACCUUUGUGCCUGCUGCCGUAUCCCUUGUCAAAAGUGUGAAGGUACGCUGCAAGUGGGCGGUGAUUUGACUGCCGUCGGCUCUAUCUCCACUGUGAUCACGGACAAGUUGGAAGAGCUGCGUGGCAAGGUGAGUGCGGACAACCUCUUCUCGCCUUCUGGUGCAAAUGGGCAGGUCUUUACGGACAUGUGGAAUGAGGCAAACCUCUAUUUCAAUGAGGUUUGCCUUACGUCGUGCAACGCAAACUUUGCAAUGGUGAAUGCAUCAAUGGAUGACUCGGACAACACCUCAACCUCAGCGGUGCGAGAAUAUGUCUACAGCAUGGCUCCCGACAACGACUUAAAGCCGGCCUAUGAAGCGAUUGCCGGCUAUGUGGGAACUAGGGCUGAUGCCACUACGAUCAAAAACGUGAUUCUCGACAACUUCAAGUUCGAUGCCUUGCCGUUGGACGUUUGCCCCUACAGCGCUUAUCGAUGUAUCCCAAUGCCUGGUGUGGAGUUUACGGAGCUGGUCACAGAUUCGCCCUAUUGUACUUUCAAGAUGUCAGCUGAAGUGAUUGCCGGUGUUGGAGACGCUUUGAGCGGUACUUUUGAAUCUUUGGGUUUGAAUGCCAUGGGUUCUUCAAUCAUGGACACUGUGGGCACGUGGAUUGGAGAUUUCCAGAAUGCCAUUGAUGCCUUCUGCCUGGUGGUGCUGAGCUCUUUCAUCAUUGGCUUCAUCUACAUGGUCAUGUUGCGCUUCCUGAUUGGCAUUUGCGUGUGGCUUUCCGUCUGCUUGUUCUUCAUCGUCCUCAUAUUGGCUGGCUUCUUUGCCUUCAUCUCGUCCUCGCGCUGUUCUGGUACCAGCCUUUGGGAGACUGGUCAGACAAUUGUAGUUGGUGCCUUGACGACCGCUUCAGUGGCUGUGACAAACCUGGUGUCCCAGACGACGCCAGCCAGCGAGGAACUGAGCGGCAUCAACGGUGGCAACUACACAGGAGUGCAAACGUGGACGAAGAUGGGCUACUACUGCGCAGAUUGGGGCCUUUCCACCAACCUCAAUCCUGCCUACAACUCCACAAACUACCCGAACUCGGACCUGCGGAAGAACUACUGCCGAAAUCCCUUCAAGGAAUCCGACGUGUACAAGGCCAACACGAUUUGGUGCCACACCACGGAUAAUGAAGUCCGCUGGCAGGAGUGUAAUCCUAUUGGCGUCAUUCGACCAGUCUGCAGCGGAGGUUAUGACAUUGACAGUGAGGAACUACGCAUCGCAUUGGAGGUCAUAUCGUACAUCCUGUGGGUUCUUGCCGCCAUCUAUGCGAUUGCUGUUUGUUGCCUCACCGACCGGAUCAAACUGGCCAUCGCUGUCAACAAGGUGGCCUCGGUCUUCGUGGUGCAGACGCCGAGGAUAUUGAUCUUGCCAGGUAUCCAGGUCUUAUUCGCUGGUGCAUGGACAUUGGUCUGGUGCCUCUCUGCUGCUUUCCUCCUUUCGCAGGUUCCAUCUGACUAUGUGCCUUCGACUGCCUUUGCCACUUACGCUGAAGCCUACGGCACAACCGACAUACCAGGAAAAUGCACAGACAAGUGGCCAACAGGGUGGGUUUACAAAGAUGAGGAGAACUGCGAGAUGAUCAAUGGCACCAUCCCAGCCUGCUGGAAAUGCGCACAGCCACGUUAUGCCUUCGAUUGGCGCUUCUGGGUGUCCUUCUUCAACUACCUCUGGAACAGUGCGCUUAAUGUGGCUGUUGGGCAGACAAUCAUUGCAGGUGCAGUUUGCGUUUGGUUCUUCACUCCAAACAACGAGAAGGGAUCGCGAAGAGCCUUUGCCACAGCUGUGUACAAUGUCUUCCGAUACCACUUGGGCUCCUGUGCCUUUGGAGCUUUCAUCAUUGCGGUGAUUCAGCUCAUCAGGUACAUGAUGAAGUACUAUGAGAAGCAGGCAAAGGCGCAGAAGAACCGUGUCCUUGUGUUGAUUUUGAAGUGCUUGCAGUGCGUCAUUUGGUGCUUUGAGAAGUGUGUAAAGUUCCUCAACAAGAAUGCCUACAUCCAGAUUGCUUUGUAUGGAACUCCGUUCUGCACCUCUGCCAAGAAAGCCUUCUUCUUGAUUUUGAGGAAUGCCUUGCGCUUUGGCACCGUGGCUAUUCUCGGAAGUAUGAUCCACCUCAUUGGCAUCAUGUUCAUUGUGGCUGCCACAACAAUCAGCGGCUACUUCAUCCUAUCUGGCAUUCAUCCCUACAUGGCACCGGCAGUUCAAGUCAUCAUCUACUUUUUCACUGGCUACUUCGUGGCACGUACUUUCACCUCGAUCUUUGAGUUGGCAGUCGAUACCACACUUCAGUGCUUCCUCUGCUGCGAGGAGCUGAACAUUGCUGAGUUGGGUGAUGAAGGAUUCGUUCCCUCGCAGCUGGAGCCAUGGUUGGACAAGUCUCAGCCUCCGGAGCUGGCUUCGCGCAAGAAGGUUUUGAAGGAUGAAGAGGAUCGGAAUGCCGCCGUCAUGUGAGCGCUGUGAGUGUAGCCAGCGUAGGCAGAGUCCGAUAGCGUGAGCGGUGGGGCGGCUGAAUGAAACGGCAAGCACAGCAGAAAGCUUGCAGAGAGAAGCAAACUAGAACAGAUAACGAGAGAAGAGUUCUAAGUUGGGUCUAUAGUAUUACUUUGCUUCGAGUGAUCCCAGUGAUCCCUACUCUG